UGUCCUCCUCCCUCUGCUGCCGCCGUGUGUGCGAGUGCACAACAAAGAUGAGAAGGAAACCACACAGCUCACUCUUUAGCUACUUUCAUACACUAUACAUGUAGUUUACUUUUGUUGUCAUAUAUAUUAGAUUAUGUGCUGGGCCGGAUGUGGCCCGCGGGCCGCCAAUUCAAUAGGGCUGUUGUAGACUUUUCGUUCAGAGGGGGGUCAUAGGGGGGUCCAAGAUCUGUGUUACAGGGGCACUGUUGGCUCCCCCCCAUAAUUGCCACAGACCAUUACUUCACUUUUUACAUUGUAAAUCUAAACUGUCCCCAGGCUGUCAAGGACAUGGGGUCAUCAAAAAAAGAAAGAUUUAUUCCCCUCAGAAGCUUGAAUGUAUCUCUUACUAAAUAAACACAAUGUGCCUUUUACCUCUUGAUGUUUGACCUUUCAAUAUUAUUACAGUUAUUUUAAUGUCAUCACAGUUCUAUAUUAGGUCAUUACGAUUAUGAGUGGAUAUGUUUCAUGAUGAUUGACAGGUGUUCUUCAUGUUAAUUACUGUCAAAAGGUAGAAGAUUUAAAAUACUCCAGCCCACGCUUUACACUGCUCUCCUUCUGGCAGUGAAUGCCUGCUCCCAAUGUCUUACUUUGCCAGCGGUGCUUAACCCACUGCAUCCUUCAUGCCCCAUUCAUGUCUUUAAGAUGUACAUUCAGCUUCCUCAGAAUCAGGAGGCCUGAACUCUUAUCAAACACGUCAAGUCUGCAGCAGGUUGGACAAUAAAUAGUGACGUUACAGCUUCCUGUUUCAUGGCGAAACAUGUAAGUAUUUAUUUUUCUGUACAAAGAGAAAACAACAUUUCUUUAGACACAGCAGGACUCGGGCAGGUUGAAGCAACACAGUGAGCGUGUAUCUUCAGCUGCAGCCAUGGCACUCAGGUGGAUCAUUCUGUUCUUUGGCCUGGGACUGGCAGCAGCCAAGCUAACAGGUGACACAGAAAAUGAUGUUGAUGGAGGCCAUGACUGGGACAUCCUUAGCAUCAAUGAAGCGGCUGGUCUGGACCUGCUGGAGGGAGACAUCGUACAGGAGGAAACAUUCAUCAGAAACUCAAUCAUAGGAGAUGAGUAUCGCUGGCCAACAACCGUUCCUUACUACCUGGAGGACUGUCUGGAGAUGAAUGCAAAGGGAGUAAUCCUGAAGGCAUUUGACCAGUACAGACUGAAGACCUGCAUUGACUUCACACCAUGGAAAGGAGAGGGGAACUACAUCUCUGUGUACAAAGGGAAAGGAUGCUUCUCCUAUGUAGGCAACCAGCGUAUGGGGAGGCAGCAGCUGUCCAUUGGUGAAUACUGUGAUACUCUAGACACCGUUGAGCAUGAGUUCCUGCACGCUCUGGGCUUCUGGCACGAGCAGUCCAGAGCCGACCGUGAUGAUUACGUCAACAUCAUGUGGGAUCACAUUGAACCUGGUCAAGAGCACAACUUCGAAAGCCACGAUGACACGGUGUCCAGUGCUCUAGGCGUUCCUUAUGACUACAGCUCUAUAAUGCACUACGGAAAGACGUACUUCAGCAUUGAUUCUGAGCCCACCAUCGUCACCAAGAUCCCCCACUUCAUGGAUGUGAUUGGUCAGAGGAUGGGGUUCAGUGCUAGUGACAUAACCAAGCUCAACCGUCUCUACAACUGCACCAAGUCUUCUACCUUUGUGGACAGUUGUGACUUUGAGGAGGAGGACAUUUGUGGGAUGAUUCAGGGUCCUGGCAAUGCAAAGUGGGAACAACGUAGUUCUGUAAAAGGAGGGCCUCAGACUGACUUCACCAACAUGGGACAAUGCAAAGGAAAAGGCUUCUUCAUGCACUUCAGCACGGCCUCUGCUAAACCUGGUGACCGUGCAGUCCUGGAGAGUCGUUGGCUUUAUCCCAAACCUGGAGCCCAGUGUCUGCAGUUCUUCCUCCAUAACACCGGGGCAGCAGAUGAUGUUCUCAACAUCUGGGUGCGAGAGGAUGACCGCAGCAGAAAACGGAAGCUCUUCAAGAGUAUUUCAGGAGGCGUCAGGGGCUCUUGGGAACUGCAUAACAUCAAUCUGAGUGUGACCAGGAAGGCCCGUGUGGUUUUUGAGGGCGUGAGGGGAAAGGGGCCAUCGAAGGGAGGUUUCUCUCUGGAUGACAUUAACCUGUCAUCCACAAAGUGCCCUCAGCACAUCUGGCACAUCCACAACAUCACCGGCCUGCUGGCCACCACACCAGCAGAACAGGAAAUGUACAGCCCUCGCUUUCUGUCACCAGCAGGUUACUCCUUCCAGGUGGGUGUGUACCUAAACGGAACAGAGGACGAUCCAGGGUCCGUGGCCGUCUACUUCUACCUGACCUCAGGCCCAAAUGACAGCGACCUCGAGUGGCCGUGUCCGUGGCAGCAGGCAACUAUGGUCCUGAUGGAUCAGCAGUCUGACAUCAGACAGCAAAUGAACGUGCAUCUAAUGGUCACCACUGACCCUGACGAGAUUUCCUCUAAUGGCACUGAGUACUACUGGGACAAUCCCAGGAAGGUCGGCUCUAAAGUGACUGAUGAGUCUGAUGGCAGCUUUUACUAUCGAGGACCAGGCUCUGGAACAACUGCCUUCAUCACCCACAGCAGGCUAAAGAGCAGGAACUUCAUCAAAGGAGACGAUGCCUUCUUCCUCUUCAGUCUGGAAGACAUAUCAGGUCUACUGGUAUCUCAGCCUCUUCCCCGCUCUGCAGUCCAUGCUGAUUCCAGUCUGAUGAAGGCUGCAGACCAAGGUGCUCCACAAGGAGCUGCUAAUAACCCCACAGUGGUCAUAGCGAUGGCAGGGUCUGCGGCAGCAGCCAUGUUGGUGGUGUUCAUGCUGAUCGUAGUGAAUGCCUGGAGGGUGAGGAAGAGACGGCAGGAGAGUGAUGAGGUGUUGAUCACAAAGAACAUGCCUGGAUUCAUGGAAGAGAGAACAUCUCUUCUCAUCACUCCAUGAUGUCCCAAUCAAAG